CUAUAUUUACCAAGUAUAUUAAUAAGAGUUUCAGAAAGCAUCUACAAACUGCCAGUAUACCGAAAGCAACUGUUCGACCCAAAAUCCGAUUCUGAAUGGCGAGGCAGACAAUAUAAGGCAACAGAAAAAGACAGCUUCAAACGCAGGUGCUUUACCUAGUUCGCAAGAUCUCACACGCACAAACUUCCCCGACAAUUUCUUGGAGACUUCAACUGCUGAUCUCUAUUGGGAUGAUUUGGCCCAUGCACCCAUACCGGAAGACCCUAUGGUUCUUUUAAACUGGAACCAAUGGGACGACACUGUCGACGAACCAAUUCCUACACCUUCUCUGAGCUUUGGGCUGCUGGGGAGCACCAAAGGGCACGAGGAUACCCACUGCAAGGGCUUAGACACAGAUCAACGUUUUCAUGAUGAUAUGCACUACUAUUCCAGUGCGAACAAUCUUUCAGGAAGCUAUGUUGUGUCAGCCUCGGCUGCUGUUACCGAGAAAACACCAUAUUUCGACCAUGUUCGCUCGUCUCUCUAUUGUUGGGUACUAGAAAGCAUAAGAAAGUCCCAUAAAAAUGAAAACACUCGCAUUAUAGAAGCAUUGCAAGGGCUUCUAACAGCGAACUCUCUAACAACCAACAAUUGUUCUUACAAAGAAUUAGACAUAAUAUCUGUUCUUACUGAUCUUCGUUCUGAGCGUUCUUUUAACAAAGAGCUUUUCUACAAGCGCGUCGAAGCCUGCUUUGCAGAACUGCAUAGCAGUAUUGGAAUCUUCCUAGACUUGGCAACCAUGGAUGCAUCAGUCAACCAGGUUCUUUUAUACCCUUUAGUCAGCAAUCUGGCCUGUAUUGCUUUAUUUUUCUCAGUACUGGCUAUUGGCUCUCGGCGUCUGGAUCUCAGUCAUAGUACGGGUACAAUAAAAGGAGAAACUAUAGGCUUCUUCAGGAUAGCUCUGCGCAUGAAACCUCAUCUAUAUGAUAAGACCAAUCUCUUGACGUUACAGACUUACUUCUCGUGUACUAUCGGUGCCAAUUCCACGUCUAGCUUGAUGGCUGACGCUACUUCGGGCCUCCAGACCCUUCACCUACAUAGCUGUAGCGCGAUCGACAAGUUGUCUUCUAACUGCUUAGAACAAGCAAGAAUUAAGAGAGCUUUCUGGGCUAUCUACUCAAUAGAAAAGCCUUACUGCCUACAAGAAGGACUGUUACCAUUAAUACAUAGUGAAUAUACGGACCACAGUAUUCCUGCAUCCCAAGGUUCUCCUUGUAAAGGGGACGACUGGCUCAACGUAAACAUCCGUUACGCAGAAGUUUGUUCAGCGAUUCUACGACAACUCCACACCCAACGGCACAGCAGUCAAAACUACUUAUGCUGUAGAAGAGCAGGUUGUGAACACAACUCAGCCUCGACCAUAAGUUGGCUUGAAGCCAUGCUCACGAUGUGGAAAACCGACUUUUUCUUCGAUUUUAGACUUGACAACUUGUCGGCGCUUCCAUAUAAUGAGAGACGCCACAGGCUAACCUAUAUCAACCAAUAUCAUUUUGCCGUUAUUGCUAUACAUUCUUUACCAGAAACAGAAAACACGGACAUGAGCAAAGAAAGCCGUUACAAAUCAGCGCGCGAAAUAUUGAACAUGAGCGCACACGUAUCCUGGGCCGAUCUUUGUGCUAACUGGUCACUUUGCUCCGUUAUAUCUGUAGCGACUUGUAUUCUCGUAGCAAGAAUAAUUGAAAAAGCUUCCGUCGUAAAGGCACAGAGAAACAUAACAGCGACCACCGGCAUUAGAAGCAACGAGCAUUCUUACAAGAGCGGUAUUGAAACAGACAUAUCGUACAUAGAAGAAGAAGAAGAAGAAGAAGAAGAAGAAGAAGAAGAAGAAGAAGAAGAGAGGUAG